AUGGUACCUUGACCCAUGUCACAUACGGACAAAGACGCGGCCCAUGUCCCUGAGCUGUUGCAGUGCCUCAGGGAUGCCCUGAGUGCGUUGCUGGAAGUACGCCCAGCCAAUCCAUUGCAGUUCCUAUUGGCACAUUUUCGUCGAGUUUCAGACCCUGAUAGCUUGGAAAGCUUGGCAUAUUUGCUGAAUGCUUGUCCGCGAUCGCGGAAAUGCUUUGAGGAUCAGCUGCACUCAGCCUUCAUGACUUUGAAGCGUCCAAAGACAGACGCGGUACAACAUCAGGUCUGCGAGACCUUCCUCCGCCACUUGGCCUCGCUGCAACCGCUGCCGCAGGAGCUCCAGCAGGAGCUGCUGGAGCAGUUGCGGGCGGCCACGGAAGGUGGGCUGGUGCGCUUCAAUCAGUUCUGUUCUGUGAUCGAAGCCUGUCUCAUUGCAAAUGAAGCCCUGGAAGGCAGCCAGGUUCUGUUGCGUGCUUGUGGCGAGAGUGUCUCGCCACAAGAACGCGCACAGAGGCUACAAAGUCUUUGCGGCGUGCUGGACUCAACUGUUCAACAUCAGGGCCAAGAUGCCCUUCGAGAGCUGCUUCCCACGCUUGGACAGCCACCAUUCCAAAAACUUCGUGACGAGAUGCGCAAAUAUAAUCUGAAUGCUGUUGAAGGACCACUGGAGAUACCGACCGAAACUACUUUACUUCGAAUAUGGUCAAACCACGAACUUCAAAAAACUACAUAUUAG